GCUCACUGCCCCGGACGCUUAAACACUACUAGAUUGGGUAGUAUUUCGUCCUGAAAGAUUCGGUUGUGUGCCGGUCGAACAAGGAGCUUCUGAGCGGUUGUCUGUGAUAGCUGUAAACCCUUCUUCAGUGAACCCACGGGCUUGGCGGAACAGGUCUGGGUGGGUCUACAGAGUUCUGGCAGGUUUUCAUCCCUCACGGAAUGUUGAAAUAUUCUCUCGCGUGGAACACCUUAUAAACUUCGUGUGUGUCACAGUGGAUGGUUUUGUAAAGAACACAAGUGAAGUAGGAAGGUAUAAAUGUACGUAACUUGUUGAGAUCACCAGAGAUCACCUGUUGUGACUUACCUGUCGAGACUUACCUGUGGAGUUGUUAUUCUGUGACGGUGAACUAGUGUUCGUGAGCAGAGCUGGUCUCAUUGCUGUACUAGAGGAGGGAACGUCUAUGGGAUACUAGUUUGCUGUUCUGAUUUGGAUAUUACAAGAUUUGAAUCGUAACCGACUGUCAUGGGCAUCCGCCUGCCGCAGGCCACGCAGACAUGACUCACACAAGUUACUUCGGCGCUAAAUUCAAAACGUAGAAGGGAUACGCCUCCUGCAAGGAUGGGGGGAUGUGUGAUGCGAUAUGUCGUCCUGGCUGUACUCAUGGGCUACUGUGUGGAUGUGGUCAACAGCCAGGGCCCUAAAUGCGAACCUCAAGUGAAUGUCUCCAUGUCCAGUACACAGCAACAGUCUGGAGACCCAGUCUACUGUGUCAACUCAACUAUACCAACAUGCAACGACACCAACGACCUCAACUACACCAUUACUAACAACUACAACAUCUUUGAAUUUAACGGUGCCUGUCUCAUGCUCCUCAAGACUGAUUUUACCCAGAGGAGAUAUUGUAUUACAGUUUUUGCAACCCAAAUUUUAAGCACUCCCCAGCAUGACAACUUUGACCUGUGUGUGACUUUCAACGAAGCGCCUGUGUUUGGGAGUAAUCUUAAUCCGGCUAUCAUUAUAAUCCCCCUUCUCAACCAGUUUAGGACUAUAGACAUACCACUUAACACCACCCCCGAUGCCAUCUCACAGAUUCAGUUAUCAGAUGUCAGUCCAAGCACAAUGGCCUCGGACUUCAGCAUUACCAGUGACACGCCUGUCAUCAACUAUACAAAACCUACAAACCUGACAUUGCUUGCCAAUGUUACCAGUGUUGAUCUCACUGUCAAUGUAACAGAUGAUGGGAACCCACCCCUGUCGGCCCAGAAGGUGUUCACCCUCCUGCUGGUCAAUGAUGCAGUGACAUGUGAUGACACUCCAACCAUCUUAAAUGUCGACACUACAGUUACGCCACCUGCAGUUAAACCCCUGUCAUGUAGGUCGGAAGCAGGGAACAGCAUCUCUUAUAAAGCCACUGUUCUAUCAGGAGCAAACUUUGACAUGUCUGUGUUCAGCAACGGUUCCAUUUCCAUGAACACAACGUCCCAGGUGGCUGAUUUCAAUGUUACUGUGGAGGCCUCAUCAAUGUAUGAUGUGCGCACAUCAUUCAACUUCACAAUUAGUGCAGGUAAGAAGCCCAACUGCACUGUGUCCAGCUCAGUCUUGAACGUGAAAGCAAAGGAUACUGUUGAUAGUAUCUACAUCAACUUCACCUGCGAGACAGCGGGUUCCAACAAGGAUGCCAUGGAGUUUGAUAUUGACAACGACAUUGAGAACGAUUUCUUUGCUGUGUCCGCAACAAGCAGGGAAGUCCGAGGGAUGGCUGUCGGAAAUGCCGGCAUCUCAUUGGCCGCGGUCUACAAUGAAAGCACCUUCCCCAGUUCUGUAACUGUGACUGUGACAAAUGUGUAUGGAGAAACAAAGUUGAUGUUUAAUGUGGUAAUAGUGAACACGCCACCUGUAUUUGUACCAUCGACCAUCCCCGUGGUGACAGUGAGCGAGAAACUAGCAUCAGGUGGACAAGUUUAUAAUAUCACUGCAACAGAUGAGGAAUCCAGCGUCACCUUCUCCAUACAGGAUGCAGUUAAUUCCAGCAUUCCCGUACCAUUCAGAAUUGUGCCCGGUACCGGGCAGAUCUCCACCAGUGGAACUCUGAAUGCUACUCUAGAUAUGUCUUAUACUGUCAAAAUUACAGUCAGAGAUGUUGGGGGUUUGAACAGUAGCAUCAAUAUGACCAUCAACGUUGAUGAUGUCAACGAGGCGCCUCAGUGUGCCUACAGCGGCGGUGUUACAUUGAAUGUUGAUGUAACAGCGCCAGUCAAUGAUUCGGUUAUCAUACUGAACUGCUAUGACUGGGACGUUCCCGGCAACAACAGCAUACUCACAUUCAGUCUGGAGGGGGUCAACGCUCCAUUUGCAGGUUAUUUUGGUUUCAAUGACAGCAUGAAAAGGGAGAUUUUGAUACAGCAGUCGCUGAGUGCACUCAAUCUGACAGCAACACCAUCAACAACAUUCAACGUCAUCGUUGCAGAUGAAGGGACUCCUUCACUGAAUUUGACACUGCCAAUCACUCUCAACUUCUCAGAUAAGCGCCCUACAUGUUCCAACACAAACCUCCAGGACUCCAUCUCGGAGCGAAGUGCCGUCGCCUCCUGCCUCAAUGUGACCCACAGCUGUAGCAACCCCACCGCCACCGGCCUCACCUUCAACCUGACCAGCACAUCCCUGGGGAGUGGGGACAAGUCCCUCCUGCAAUAUUUCACCCUAGGGACCAACUCUGUGGGGUCCCAGCUGCCAUACUUGACUGUGUGCCUGGAGAAAAACAUCACCGGGUUACCUGGAAUUUAUAAGAGUGGUCUUCAAGUUUCCAACAAUCUAUUUUCAACUACUCUAAACCUGACGUUUGAAGUGCUUGAUGUCAAUGACCUGCCCGUCAUCAGCGGCCUCUCCAUCAACAACACCUACACCAUCAACGAAACAUCACCAGUAACGACACCGCUCGCAACUCUUAAUAUCACUGACCCAGAUCCUGGAAACAAUGGUGCUCUGUCUGUCAGUUUUGAAGCUGUCAGCCCUUCAUCAGCACAUGGCGGAGACUUUGAGUUUGACAAUGUGACGAAGAUGAUAAAAGUAGCUCAGGUGCUGAACGCUACCAGGAAUACAGACUACAACUACACAAUCACAGCAACAGAUGGAGGAGGGCUGUCUACAUCCGUCAACGUCAUCAUCCUUGUUGAUGAUGUGAAUGAAGCUCCGAAAUGUGAGCUGCCAGGAGACUUCACUGUGAAUGCCACUGCUUCGCCUAACUUUGUGAUCGGCCAGCUCGUCUGCUGGGACACUGACGUGAAGGCUGAGUACAGGAGGCUUAUGUAUGACGUUCAACCAACAGAGAUGGGUGCCACUUCACUGAUCAAUGUGUCAUCGGAGGGCAUUAUCAAACUCUUGGAUACCAUACCAUACCAACACGAUCGACUAUCGUACCAGGUUACCGUUAGCAACGGUAGUCCAGGCAACACUAUUGGUCCCUCUGUCACCAUCCCAGUGGUGAUUGUGUAUAACAAGGCGUUUCCUCCCACCUGCAACGUGACAAGUGUGAGUGUCCAGUUCAAGGACACAGACAGUGUCGGGUGUGCGGCCGAGAAGGUCAAAUGUACCAACCCCCUGGACAAACUGCUCACUGUCCAGAUGACCAACCUCCCGGAUAACUUCAGACUGGAGAAGGAGGAGUCUGGAAGAUCAAUUGCCUUCCGAAUGUGUUCCAACAACUCCAACUUCAAGAACAGUGUCGGCAGCCAUGACGUGAAAGUGCUUGUGGAAAAUGGUCUUGGCAAUGUCACCGUGACCUGGAACGUGGUAGUGGAGGACGUGAAUGAAGCGCCACAAUUCCAAAACGACAAGUACCAUGGAGCCAUACCUGAAACCACAUCCUUUGGGACAACAAUCGCAGUUUUGCAGAUCAGCAGUGGAUCUUUCAAUGAGACAGGGCUGAAAACUGCUGAUGGAUUGGACAUCAUCCGCGUGACAGACCCGGACAAACACACGCCACGGCAUCAGAUCCAAAGGACGGCAGCUACAGGAAAGAUUGUUUUUAAGAGCAAUCAAACAGCAAUAGCUGCCGAUAAUCUUCCGAUCGAGUUCUCUUCGUCCAGCAUGUCUGUCUCCUACUUCUCUGUCAGGGGUGACUUGGACGAGUCUGUCAAGUACCAGUUCACCAUCGAGGCAGUAGAUGGGGGUAAUGAGUCAGUAUCAGCGAUGUACACAGUGGACAUCAUCGACAUCAAUGAAGCACCAGCGUGUACUGUGUCUAAUCUCACCUUCAAUAUGAAUCUAGUGACAGAGGUGGGCACCAGGAUGGAAACAUUGUCAUGUACAGACCCUGACUAUGAUAUCAACAACACGGUGACUGUUUACACCAUGGAAGGGACAGAUCAAGAGUUUUUCAACAUCAGCUCGAGCGGUGUCAUCACACUUGGGAGGAGGUUGCCACGAGACAGGGACACCCUCCAGUUGCAGGCCGUGGCAAGUGAUGGGGCCAACAGUAGUCUGAAGCAUGUAGUCGACAUCAGCGUCAAUGUUAAUCGCUCUGUCAGUGCCAGGUGCGAACUUCGUCAGGUAAACCCUCCAGUGUGGAUCAUCAACAGUGUCAUAUCCCUGAAUGUCAUCUGCACCGACCCGACGGCAGAUGCGACCAGCACGCUGACGUACACGGAAAGCGGAAACUACACCAGUGGAUUUACUCGAGAUGGAGACUCGGGGUCGUAUAACCUAAGCUACACACAGUCAACUAAUGGCACAUAUUAUAUUGAGAUAACGGUUGACAAUGGCUUAAAGAAUGUAAGCCUCCGUGCUGACAUCGGAGUGGUGUACCUGCGAUCAACACCAACCUUUGAGCAACUGAAGUACGAGGUGAAUGUGACGGAGAAUAUUGCCGUUGGCGACACCUUUCUGACAGUGCAGGCAGUGACGGGUGGAAACUUUUCAGGCAAUAUCACAUACCAGAUUACAGCCUACGAACCAGCCUCUGUGAGCUCGUAUUUCCAGGUGAAACCUGAGACGGGUGAGCUGCAGGCCCUGAAGACCUUGAAGGAGUUGCUGAUGCAAAGGAGAUUUGAAGUCGAGUUGACAGUGCAGGCAACAGAUACCUUAUCGCUCUUGGAGUCUACGGUCAGCAUAACCGUCAUAAUCCAAGAAAUCAACAUCCCCCCCAACUGUGAGGCCAUCCCUGAUACGGUGAAGGUCAGCCUCAGCAAGCCUGUUGGUGCACUGGUCCUUAAAGUGAACUGCACCGACGCCAACUUCAGGCCGUCAUUGAACCAAGUCAGCUAUACCUUGAAAGUUCCAGAUGAUUACUUUGCUCUGGGCGAUGAAGGGAAGAUCACCUUGAAGCAGCCGCUGUCUCUCACUACACGCACCUAUGCACUGAGGAUAGGGAUCACGGAUGGGCACAGCAACCAGCAAGUCACAGUGGUUAUUAGUGUUCAGUUGACGCAGAAUUUCACGAUCAAGCUGGUAAAAACUACAACCACGUCCAUCCAGAUGCAGUGGAGAUUUGUGCGAGCUGAUUACAUCAGCAUUGUCAACCGCUUCAUUGUGGAGUACCAGGGUGGAGACAAGGUGUACCCUCCCAAAGUUGAAGUGGAGAAGAAAAAUGGAACAGACUUGACUGGUCUCCAGCCCGGAACCAUUCAUGUCAUCUCUGUCAAGGCUGAGACAAUAUUUGGCAAUGCCACUUCAAACACCUUGACAGACAGUACAAGAGAUGUUCCUGUGCUGACCAAGAUGACCGUGAGGUACAAGGACAAGAACACAGAGUGGAAGGCGGAUUUCAACAACCUUACCUCCAAUGCCUCCAAGAUGUACAUAAGUACAGCUGAAACCAAUUUGAAGAUGGGUCUUAAAGCUGUCACUGGAUUGCAUGAAGUAAAAGUUAUUGGUCUGAGCUCAGGGAGUGUUUUGGUUGAUGCUAUCGUGGCCGUCAACCAAACCGGGAACAUCAACAACGCUGAAAGAGAUUUCCGGAAUGCUGUCAACACUGGGCAACUCGGCACUCAAAGUGUCGAUGCAGGCUUUGUGGAUGUUAAGAAUGGAGACAAGUAUGCAGUGAUAACGUCCAUGAAGCUUGGUUCAGGCGACGAUACUGUGAGCGAGGAUGCGAACGUUUCCGUGGAGUGUGUGUUCCGACUGGUGGGUGACAAUCCCCCACCUACAGUCAAGUGGAGAUUAAAUGACAAGGCCAUAUCUGCUACUUCCUCCGGCAAAUAUACACCCAGCAUCACCCCACUGGACACUGAUGUGUUCGGACAUGUCGCUAGGCUUAGUAUCAUCUCUGUUGGAUCUCAAGACAAUGGUACAUACAAGUGUGAGCUGAAGUCUGGUAACCUUUCAGAGCAUCGUUCAUUAUCUGUGUUAGUACUACAAAAGCCUGCAGUUAAACUGGAACCUCUGACCAACUUUGUGAAAUCCCAGACUGCGGUAGAGCUCAACUGUACCAUGGUGUCAGGGGAAGUCCAGAAUGUGGUAUUUAGGUGGUACAGAGACAACAACCUCAUCUCCAACCCACCAGUGGUGAAGGUUUCCCCCACGAAGGAAAUACUAAAGAUCGACCGAGCACUGUCUGACAGCACCUUCUCCUGCAGGGUGAUGAACAGAGCGGGCACCACAACCAGCCACACCGCGACCAUCAAGGUCGUUAGGAGCAGUGUGAAAACCUGUAACCAGUCCCACGAUUCACAAGGGACAUUAUGGAUGUCCUCUCCUGUUGGUGAAACUAUAACGAUGAACUGUCCUCACGGUUACCAAGGAUUGGUCCAGAGAGUGUGCAGUAGUGCUGGGCAGUGGCAGAGAGCUGACUACACUGGGUGCCGGCUUGAGACACUGGUGGCCCUUCAGGAUCAGCUGAACACCAUAGAGACUGGGUUCGAGAUAACAGAUGCUGACUCUGUUGUGAGUCAACUAAAGGAUGUGACAGAAAACAACCAGCUGGUGGCGGGUGACGUGGACGCCUCCAUCAACAUCAUCAACCAAGUUGUCAGCAUUGCGCAGACACAGACGGCAGUGAAGAAGGAGCUAGUCAAGGAUGUGGUGGAGAGUGCCAGCAAUAUGUUGAACACCGCUAACAAGACGGUGUGGGAGGACCUUCACAAUGAGAACAAGCAGGGUGUCACAUCCUUGCUGAAGACGCUGGACAGUGUGGGUCAACUGGCCAGUGAGAAAACCAACCCCUCAAGCAAUGAUCAGAGCCUUACCAUCAUCACCGCCAAUAAUAUAGUUCUGGCCUAUGGCAAGACGAACCCGAAGGACAUCACCUUUCCCCAGGCCAGCAAUGUCCAGUAUCCAGCGUGGGUUCAGACAUCCAAGACCAAGGUGACCAUCAAGGCACAGGCAUAUGAAGCCUCUGUACCAGGACAACCGGAAGUAGUCACCAACAACCUGAUGGGGUACAGUGGAGUGCUAUAUAAGGACAUUGAAGAACUAGUUAACAGGAGGACAUCGGCAGAUGGAAGCACAAGUCAAGAUCCAGACAGUGUGUCAUUUGAGAAGAAAAUCAAUUCCAGGAUACUGUCAUUCUCCCUGAUUCCAACCGUGACCACCAAAAUGAACCCCUCUGUAACCCUGUCAUUUGAACAUCUCAAUGGCAACUUCUCAGAACCAGUGUGUGGCUUCCUCAACUACUCCGCUCCCUAUGAACAGGAUGGCCAGUGGUCAUCUGAGGGCUGUAGAGUGGUCAACAAUACAGAGAAUAUGACCGUCUGUGACUGCGACCACCUCACCAACUUCGCUAUACUCAUGAGCCCGGGGCGUAUUUCGGAACAAGAUGCUAAGGUCCUGAGUAUCAUUUCGGCUGUUGGCUGUGGCAUCUCCAUCUUCUUCCUCGUCCUCACCAUCUGCAUCUACUGUUUCCUGUGGAGGUACGUGAAGUCCGACCGUGCCAUCAUUCUCAUCAAUCUGUGUUUCGCUCUCAUCAUCGCCUACAGCAUCUUCCUGGGCGGGGUCACACAGACGGAGAACCAGGCUGUGUGCACUGCCAUCUCCGCGCUGCUCCACUUCUUCUUCCUGGUCGUGUUCUUCCUGAUGUUGGCGGAGGGGGUGGAGGUCCUCGUCAGCGUCAUCUACGUCUUCAACACCAAGUCCAGGCUGCGUUGGCUGCUGCUGUUGAGUUGGGGUGCCCCGGUUGUUGUGGUCGGUAUCUCCCUAGGAGUCACCCAGUUGAAGGGGUACGGCAGUGAGCAGUUCUGUUGGCUGUCUCUGGAGAGUGGUUUAUUGUGGGCUUUCGUAGCGCCAGCGCUUGCUGUCAUCCUGGCCAACCUGAUCAUUGUGUUCAUCGUCCUGAAGACAAUGUUCAGUACAACAGCCAUGAUGACCAAAUCAGCCAUAGAAAAGGGGAGAGCUGGCCUGAAGGCUCUGUGUGUCCUGCUGCCGUUGAUGGGAGUCACCUGGGUGUUUGGGGUGUUCUCCGUGAAUGAGGACCUCACGGUCUUCCAGUAUCUGUUUGCUGUGUUUAACUCCUUACAGGGCUUCUUCAUUUUCAUAUUCCACUGUCUGGUAUCACGACAGGUACAAGAUGGUAUGAAGAAUAGGAAGCGUCGAUAUCGUGCCAAGAGUUUCAAGACAACCGGAACUGAGUCCUCAUCUCAAAUGCCGGCAUCGAAACUCGUCAGUACCAGCAGUGAUGAGGACAGGCCCAUCAAUGACCUGGACAAGAAAGGUCGGUCUCCUUUCAUCGAAGCUGACCGCCAAGUGCAGCAGAUUGCCAACAAGCUGUACGCCAACCCAGACAACUUGAUGGACAACAACAACCCACAGAAGCCGUCCAACAAGGUCAAUGUCCCAGUUGACCCCUCGGACAUCAAGCUAGGGAACACCCUGGACAGCUUCCUGUUCCCACCCUCAGACAUCCACAAACCUGCUGUAAGUGGCCAACCUCCGAAGCAGGAUCAGAAUCUAAGCAGGAAGGAUGACAUCAUUGAGGAGAAUGAAUCCUUCUUCACUGAAAUGCCUUCUCCAUUGUCCACCACAGCAGUGCCCCCAUCCCCCAUGAAGAAGAAUGCCUGGGGAGAGCAGUCUUCACCAUUACACUUCUCGGACUACAAACUUCCAGCAGAGAGGCAGCAAACAAAGAUGCCCCCAGAGAAGACAAAGGCAAGGCCUCAUGGCCUCAUGGACCACUAUGAUUCACCUCCUGCUUACAUCUUGGCUGACCCUCGGAUCCAAGACAGGGACCCAGAUUCUGAGAUCAAUUUUCAGGAGAGGAAGAAGAGGGUGGAACAGGUGUACAGUGGGGAGGCACCCAGACCUGGACAACAGAACAAGGGCAGGAAGCCGGUUUCAGGGAAGUCAUCAGGACAGUCUUCCAACAACAGUCAGAGGUCUGGAGACGACCGGCAGCCAGUGGACCAGGAUGUCGAGACGAUACACCUGUACGAGUCCCGGGAACUGCCACUCUACAGAGGCCGAGUCGAUGACAACUGGGGAAAAGUGAAAACCGCUGUGGAGAGGAAGAAGCGGCAACAGCGAAACAGCAGCGAGCUACAAAGAAACUUUGUACAUAGUGAAGAGGAUUUGUCCCGAUACGGGAGUCGACAGCCCUUUGGGGGUAUACGGACAACGGACGUGGGUGUGCCUGUCAUGUCACGUCCCCGCCAGCACAGGGAAGUUAGCAGACACGACCCUAACAGACAUUACCGGUACAUGUAGAGAUGCGAUGGACUUCUUCAAUGAAGGCACUCAUGACAUAGAAGCUUUUCCCUAAACUGGAUGAAAUGGACAUUUGUAAACUUGAUAUGUCAUUGAUAAAGUUAGGACAGGUUUUGUCAGGAGCACUUGAUGAAACCUUACGAUAUGAUAUUAUCAGGUCUUUGUAAGUGAUUAAUGACUGUGGCAGAUGAAUUUGUUUGUAUGAUUAUAUAUUGUAAGACAUUACCCAUCAAUCCUUUCAACUGUAUAACAUGGUUUGUUAUAUAUUUUUGCAUGAUAAGCAUGCAGUCAAAAUAUUACAACACUUUAAGAUGCAAAGAAAGUGAUUGAGGUCAAAACUGAUUUUCUUUGAACCAAGUUUGAUAAAAGUUCAAAUUAGUAUUGCAUAAAUUUAAACAUUGAUGGGCAAGUUAUUUUAGUUUUAAAAAUUUAAAUUAUGAUCAUUGACAGUUUCAAUGGAAAGCAUUAACAUAUGUGACUAUGCAUAAUUUCAGUAAUUUUGAGAACAAUAUUAACUUUCAUUCUAGAUAUCUUUGUUCAAAUUUAAAAUAAUUUCAGUUAAUUGAGAUGAUGCUUUUAAAAGGGUAUGUGCAAUUGACUGUGGAGACAACUUGCCAUUUCACAGACUAAAAUAGAAAAUUCUAUUUUUUAACUUUAUGAAGGUUUUGACCAUUACUUUUCAGAAUGUCAAAUUCUAUCACCUUAUCUUCAAUGAAUACCUCAAUCAUAUUACAACAGUAACGAUAUAUUGUUCUUGUGCUCCUAGGUCUGUUAUUUUUGUAAUAUUACUUAGAUGUAUAUUUAAAUAUGAAGAAAUCCACCAGUAUAUCGAACAUGACGUUUUUGUCACAAAGUAUUUGCAGCACAGUGUUUUGGAAAAAGAAAUGUUUUGGAAGCAUCUUCAAUUUUCAACUAUCAACCUUUACACAUUAAGUUUUUUUAAUUCUCUAUAAAUAUUUCUUUUUUAAAGAAAACAUAUUAUAUUUACCCUAACCUGAUAACAUAUUUUAACUAUGUAUCGACAAUCAUUGCUAUGUUAAAAUGUGCUUUAAGUUCGCUAUAAAAGGGUUGAUGGUAAUAUUGGUUUUAAAUGUAUGAGAUUUGGUUCCAACUCGGACACUUAAUAGACAAGGGAUAUUUUUAUAUAUAUACGGAAAACAUGUAUUGAUGAAGUAUAUAAUUUCACUGGAUAUUCUUGUCAUACUUUAAAUUAAAUAGAAUUUAAAAUGUGUAUACUUCUCGAGCAACUUUUAAACAAUAGUGAUAUAUUCACUUGUAUCUGUUAUCCAUUGCUGGAGAAAUGAGAAGGAAACACACAAUCUACUCAUUGUAAAUCGAUGCAUAUUGACCAAAUGAAAUGUAACUAAAAAUUUAACAAACACUGAGCAUAUGGUAAAAUAAAUAUUCAUUGAAAAAUUUGAUCACUAUUCACACGGCCAUCUUGCCCCUCUUCACACACACAUACACCAUGUAUUUUGCACAAGAUCUUAUGUUUAUCAUGAAAUAAAACAGUGUGACCUAUCUGUAUUAUCUGUGUGAUAAUUCCAAUAUUUAAAUAUAUGUCCAUUGUGCCUCUCCAGUAAUACAUGUGUUAUGGUCCAUCCGUGGUCACAAAGUGUUCGCUUUUGAGGGAUUGGUUUAGAAGUGUGUAUACCGGUAAAACAUUCUUCACACAACCGGUGCUAUUGGCGCUCUGGUAGCGCUACUGGUAUCAAUGGCCAUGUUAUAGCACUAACGGUUCUCCACUUACACAGAGGGCGUUUGGGGACAGUUUAGACUCGGGUAAACAUCACCCCUAGGAUGUCAUAAAUGGGUAAUGGAGUCAUCACAGCUGCAUGAGUAACAGAUAUAACGAGGUAAAGGUUUGUGUAGAUGUGACAGACUGUCCAACUAAUCUGGGAAUUUAUGUUUAGAAGAAUCGGAGAGGCCAAUUAAGUGAAGCGCUAAUAAAAUGUUGGAUUUGUAUCAGUUAUCGUCUUUUACGUAUUUUCUGUUGAAUAUUAAUUUUCUGUUGCAAGAAUCCGAUAGAGCUUGGGAAGUACGUGGAACGAUGUACCUCUGUUACAUAUAUUCAUUGCGAACUUUUAAAAAAUAUUUAUGUGAGUGUUCGUUUUUACGAAUUUGGAAAAAUAUCAAGAGCGCGAUGGAGUUACAAAUUGUUUCAUUUUUUAUAAAAAGAAUCUGGCGAAGGCGUUUUCUGCCUGAAUUCUUGGCAAAAGAAUUAUAUAUUUUUACGCAAAGUAAUCACAGUGAAAGUCAAGAGGGUUUUGAGGCCAAGACUUGAGAUGUUAUUGUUGUGUUUUGUAUGCCAUGAUGUCUCUAACGGGCUGUGUCUCCAGUGCUUGUGAUGUAUUGAAGUUGUAGCCACUGAUGUAGGUUACAGUGCAUGUACAUGUAUCAGCAUUUAAUCCAAACAAAGUCAUGUUUCAUGUUAUUUUCAUGCAAUAAAGACACUUAGUCAUCA